ACCAAUAAUUGAUUGGCAUGAUAUUGAUUUACAUUCACGUGAAUAUGUAUUUCUAAAAGAAAUUGGUGUACGUGAAGUACCUGAUUUACGAAAAUUAAUUGAUCGAAUUAUUGAAGAACAUAAUGAACAAAAGAAAGAAUUAAAUAAUGAAUAUAAAUUACCAAUAGCACUUAAAUUUUUAGCUGAAAAUUUUCAACAACAUUAUUCUAAAUUAUGGAAAACAACUAAAAUUAAACGACCUUUUCUUCCAUCUAUUUUACCAUCGAAAACUAUUAUAUUAUCAUCACCCGAACAAGUUUUUAAAGGUUUUAAUUCUUUUUAA